GUCUACACGGUUCUCAUGUGGCAGUUAAAUUCCGCUACCCCGCUCAGCAGCGUUUCAUUGUAUUCCGCCUAUCGACGUGCAAAACUCAGAGACAUGGCUGAAACCGCUCCAGCUGCCGCUGCCCCGCCGGCUAAAGCUCCCAAGAAGAGAUCGGCGUCUAAACCCAAGAAAACGGGCCCGAGCGUCAGGGACCUGAUCGUCAAGACUGUGUCCGCCUCCAAAGAGAGGAGUGGCGUGUCCCUCGCCGCCUUGAAGAAGGGUCUUUCUGCGGGUGGCUACGAUGUGGAGAAGAACAACUCCCGCGUCAAGCUCGCCAUCAAGAGUUUGGUGACCAAUGGAACCCUGGUCCAGACCAAAGGUACCGGCGCCUCUGGCUCCUUCAAACUCAACAAGAAGCAAACCGAAACCAAGAAGAAACCUGCAAAGAAAGCCCCCGCGAAAGCAAAGAAGCCUGCUGCCAAGAAACCCACCGCCAAGAAAUCCCCCAAAAAGGUGAAGAAACCGGCCGCCACCGCUGCAAAGAAGGCAACAAAGAGCCCCAAGAAGGCCAAGAAGCCUGCAGCUGCAAAGAAACCAACCAAGAGCCCCAAAAAAGCCAAAAAGCCUGCAGCUGCUAAGAAGCCCGCCAAGAGCCCCAAGAAGGCCAAGGCAGUCAAACCCAAAACGGCGAAGCCUAAGGCAGCCAAGCCUAAAAAGGCGGCUCCCAAAAAGAAAAAGAGGAGAGGGUUUGCAAGCGUGUACGUCUGCGGACUGAAAGACAGGGGCGUAACUUGGAAGUUGUCCAAAUCACACAGAACCACGCGAGAUGUCAAAACGAUAAGUUGUUGGCAAUAUGGCCGCUUUAAACAGGGCACAAGAGUAGAAUAUUGAUUACGUUCUUAAGG